AUAUUAUCCUCUCCGGCGGUGCGAGGGGGGCAUUAUUGGCGGCGGCUGCUGUAACAACCGCAAUAGCAGCGCCGGUUCAGGCGGGAAGCAGGGCCGCGCUCCUCGCGGCUUCCUAGGUCGGCGGUGAACAGCGGAGCGGGUACUGCAGCAGGCGGCUGCCCGCCGAGGACGUUCCCUGCGGCCCAUGGCCGACGGGGAGGCCGUCGCAGCGGGGCCCGACUCUGUCCCCAGCCAAGGGAAUGAGAAAAUGGGGGAAGCGGGCGAUGCCGGGAUUGACUGGGUGGAGAAGCUGCGCGGGGAAUGUGAGCCCGAGCAGCACUGGCACUACCGCCGGGAGUUCUUGAUUCGCAACGGGGAGGGCUUGCCCUUGUCCCAAGGCGGGAAGGACGGCGACGACAGCGCGGAAGUGCGGCGCCUCGCCUCUUUCUCCAUGGUGUGGGCUAACCACGUCUUCCUGGGAUGCCGGUAUCCACCACAAGUGAUGGAAAAGGUGAUGGACAUGGCUGCAGGCAUCACAGUGACCAAUGCUCCAACCCACACUCUGAGAGAUGAACUGGUUGCCAAGGUGAAACGAGGCAUAUCCAGUAGCAAUGAAGGGCCAGAAGGGCCUUGCAAGAAACGCGCUGUUGACACAGACAAAGCUUCAGAAGUUAGUGGCAGUGAUGCAAAGUCUACAGAGGCUGAAGUGCCCAUGGAAACAGAUACUGAACCUGUGAAAAACCCAGGAAAAGAGGCACCCAAAAAUCCAGAGAGGCCACCAUCUUUGACCGUGGCCCAGAAGGUAGUGCCCGCAGCUUCUUCAACCGUGGCCCAGAAGGUAGUGCCCGCAGCUUCUUCAACCGUGGCCCAGAAGGUAGUGCCCGCAGCUUCUUCAACCGUGGCCCAGAAGGUAGCGCCCGUGACUUCUUCGACAGCGGCCCAGAAGGUAGCAUCUGCGGCUUCUUCGACAGUGUCCCAGAAGGUAGCGCCCGUGGCUUCUUCAACAGCAGCCCUGAAGGUAGCGCCCACGACUUCUUCGACUGGAGUAAGAAUAGAAACCCGAGUGUCUAAUUAUGAAUCUACAGCAACUAUUAGGCACAAAUCAGCUCUGGCUUCUUUGCCUGGCCCCGAAUCAAAGAUGAAUUAUUGUUUAACUAAACCUUCAGAAUCCAAAUCUGAAAAUGUGUUACCAUCUGAAAAGAAAGUCAGCUUGGAAGGUACUGCAAUGUUAGUUUCAAAAAGCAGUUCACACACAAGUGUAGUUCCUGCUAAAGUGCCAUGUAAAUUACUAACAAGUGAAGAUGCAAAAGAGAGGCAACCUUUUUUCAAUAGACUGUACAAAGCUGUUGCUUGGAAGUUGGUUGCUGCUGGAGGAUUUAGCCCCAAUGUCAAUCAUGUAGAACUCUUAAACUCAUCCAUUCAGUCUGUAAAGGCAACGUUAGAUGUUGAAUUUGUACCACUGAAAGAGCUUGCAGAUUUACCUCAAAAUAAAAGCUCUCAGGAAAGCGUGGUUUGUGAACUGAGAUGCAGAUCCGUAUAUUUGGGUACUGGCUGUGGAAAAAGUAAGGAAAAUGCUAAAGCAGUUGCUUCAAGGGAGGCACUGAAACUAUUUCUCAAGAAAAAGGUUGUUGUGAAAUUAUGUAAAAGGAAAUACAAAGGAAAGGAAAUUGAAGAUUUGGUGCUUCUUGAUGAAGAAUCAAAACCGUUAAACUUACCUCCUGCUUUAAGAAAUCCUCAAGAAAUAUUACAGAACAGUGAAGUAGUCACUGCUUUUACUAGCAAAUAAUGUUUUAUCACAAAUAACUGAAUUACUUUUGUAAACUAAAUUAGACUCCAAGAUAUUUUGUAUUUCACAAUUCUCAGUUUUGCAGAACAAAUACCAUUCUUGUUCUUUUCACUUAGUAGCAAAUGUAAAUAAUUUGUUAUAGAUGUAAAGUGUGCAGAGGUAUGCCUUAACAUAUUUAGCACAAUAGUGUGCUGUUUUAUUUGCUAAAUAGUCUACCUAAGUCUUCUAUUUUUAACAAAAUAAUUAAGGUACAGUUUGCUGUUCAGUACAGUCUAAUUUUGUAACUACUGCAAUUUGAUAGCAGCAAUGCUCAUUUCUGAACCCAUAUCCUUUUCUAGCUGCAGAUGAAUAUGUAGAUAAGAACCAUUAUACCUUGAUGGUAGUAAGUUGUCUUAAGAAAUUCAGUCAAACAUUUAAUCACCUGCUUUGUGUGUGGCUCAUAGUGUUCAUAUGCCUGUUAAAUAAGAAAACAGUUGAUUUGGAUUAUUUUAAUGAAGUAGUAAUAUUUUAAAUCUUAAUUAAACUGAUAUGCUGGUCCUAUUUUAAUAUUCAGUGAAAACCUGUCAGAUUGAUUAUAUCACUAAAACAUUUCUAAGCAGAUUUAACUUCUUAUUUUUUGCGAGAAAGCUCACUUACACGUUUUCAAAUAAAUUCAGCUUUCUAUAUUAAACAUAUUUUAUGUCUGCAAUAAUUUGGGGGAAAUUAUUAGAUUUUAUGUAAUACUCUGCUUUCAUUGAGCACUUAACUAAUAGUCCAUUUUUAUAUAUUUGAUACUUGCUCUUAAAUCCUGUGGUAUUAAUUAGCAACUUCUGCAACCCGCAUGAAGUGCUUAUUUUAUUCAAAUUUUUACAUUGCACUCUUGACUUCAAGACAUCAGUAUGUAUAUACAAAUUUGCUAAUUAGGUUCUGGAGAUAAAACUUGUUGCACUGAACAUGAUCCAAAGCUCUGCAGUGCUUAAUGUUGCCUGCAUAUAGUUGUACUUGUAGCUGCCUUGAGUGCCUGUUUUUUUGGGCAGAAAGGUAAGAUAUAAAUGAAACAAAAUAAAUGUACAGGUGUUCAUUUACUUCCAUGUUAAGAAAUGUUCUAUAUGGGUAAUUUGGAAUCCUACUACAUUGAUGAAUCAUUCCUCAAUUCAUAGGAUGUGAAUGAAGUAUAUUUCAAUUGGUAUUACAGUAAAUAUGAUUGACCAUAUAUAAUUGCCUUUCAGGCAUGUUUCCAUAAAUAGAAGCUAAAUAUCGAUUAUGCAGCAGCCCUCUGGAAAUGAAGCAAUCAUACUAAAAGCUGUGAUUCAGAGUUGCCGAGUGUCCUCCAUGCACAUAGUAGGGCAUGUGAUUUUUCCCCUUCUGCCUCUCCCAACGUUUCUUCAUGCAGCUUGAAAAGUUUUAAAGUAGCCAGUAAUGGAAGAAUUGCUCAUGCAGGGGAAAGCUACUGCAUAAGUUUUUGUGUGCAUGUCGCUCUCUGGAUCAUAGCUAAACUUGUGUUCGUUUGAAUACUUGGUGGGAUUUUUGGGAGAUGGGUGAGAGUAUUAACUAUGCAGUUGGGUCCAGACUUAAUUAUACUUACAGUAGUGGACCCAUUGAAAUCAGUGGUACUGAAGUUCGGGCUGACUAACUUAAUUACCAUUGAUUUCAGUGGGUCUACUGUAAGUAUGACAUCUAGAUCAAACGCUAUUCACUCGUUUUAAAGGCUUUGUGUGUUGGUGGAAUAUUUUGACUUAUUCUCUUAUAUGUAUUGACAUUUAAGAAUGAAAAAGUCUUCCAUCACUAGUUAUUUCCCCCGCACUGCAUAUUUUGAGUGUAGAUUUGUGUGCAAGGCAGCAGCUAGGUAUGCUGAUUUGAUGAUCAGGACCAAACUCUACAUUUGGGAUCAAGAUGGGAUUCUUUCAUUCAACCUGGCAACUCAUAUACAAGUAGCAAAUUACAACAAAGCAUUUCCUGAAAUUGCUAAAAUAAUGCAAUUUGCUUGAUCUGCAGAAAGCACAAUGGCUUGGAUCCUACAUAAGUUAACUUUUUAAAAGUUCACAGAACGAAAAAUUUGCUGUCCCAUCUUCCACCUGCAUGCUGCCAAAAGCCUUUGGCUGUGUAUGUGGAGGGGGGAGGCUUCCUGAACAAUUUGUGAUGGGGCACAGGGGAGAGAGGGAUGAAAAACUUCCCCUCUUGGACUUCUUUAAAUUAAUUUAUCUUAGGCUCAAAACCUGAUUUUGGCUGAUUCUCCCUGCCCCCAGCAGCCACCUGCCCCCGUGCCCCUUCCCACGUUCAGGAAAUCCCUUGACCCUCAGGAGACUUUGGGGGAGGCUGCUGGUGACAAGGGAAGUGUUCAAAAAAGGUCCUUUCCAUGAAAUUCCUUGAGAGAAUUCAGCUCAGGAUCCAAACCAGUAUUCAGAUCUUUACAUUCUAUUCAAAUGCACUUGAAAUUCGUAUUUUGUAGAUAGAAAAAUAAAUAAAUGAUGUGGUAUCUAAUUGGUUUCUUAAAGGAAAGUGGCAAUCCAUGUAAAAAUAUGCAUUUAAAUAAAGACAUUUUCAAUUGUUUUGUUCCA